GCGUCGUCAGAGAGCAGACACUGGAAAUAGACAACAACAGUGAUAGGCAGAGACCGCAUUCCUCUUUUGCGUUUUAGUUAUGGGUGUUGUCUGAGAGGUGGAUAUAGUAGCGCACCGCAGUUUACCUCGAAGUUUAAUCCUCAUGAAGGAGCUCCGUCCCGGUUGAGUUUGGGAGAUGGGAGUACUUAACAUUGCAGACCAGCCUCCUCUGGUCCAGGCCAUCUUCAGUCGUAAUACUGAAGAAGUUCAGCUGUUGUUGCACAAAAAGGAAGACGCCAAUGCACUGGACCAGGAGCGCCGCACGCCUCUUCAUGCUGCUGCCUGUGUGGGUGAUGUCCAUAUAAUGGAGCUCCUCAUUGAAUCAGGUGCCAGUGUCAAUGCUAAAGACCAYAUAUGGUUGACCCCAUUGCACAGAGCGGCUGCCUCUAGGAAUGACAGGGCAGUGGGUCUUCUACUGAGGCGCGGAGCCGAGGCGAAUGCGCGAGACAAGUUUUGGCAGACGCCGCUGCACGUGGCUGCUGCCAACCGUGCCACGCGCUGCGCCGAGGCCCUGCUGACCCAGCUCAGCAACCUGAACAUGGCAGAUCGCACUGGCCGGACCGCCUUACACCACGCAGCUCAGAGUGGCUUCCAGGAGAUGGUGAAGCUGCUGCUGAACAAAGGGGCCAACUUGAGUGCCAUCGAUAAGAAGGAGAGACAGCCCAUUCAUUGUGCUGCUUAUUUGGGACACCUGGAGGUUGUGAAGAUGCUGGUUUCUCGUGGUGCUGACAAGAGCUGCAAAGAUAAGCUGGGUUACACACCUCUCCACGCUGCUGCUGCCAGUGGUCACAUUGAAAUUGUAAAGUACCUACUGAGGAUGGGAGCAGAGCUGAAGUGGGAUGUUUUGUUUGUGCGUUGCGGUCAGAUCGAUGAGCCUAAUGGCUUUGGGAACACUGCGCUCCAUGUUGCUUGCUACAUGGGGCAGGAAGCUGUGGCUACAGAACUUGUGAACCACGGAGCUAACGUUAACCAGCCCAACAAGUGUGGCUACACCCCUCUGCACCUGGCUGCCGUCUCCACCAACGGUGCCCUCUGUCUAGAGUUGCUGGUCAACAACGGGGCAGAUGUCAACCAGCAGAGUAAAGAAGGGAAGAGCCCCCUGCACAUGGCAGCCAUUCACGGACGYUUCACACGCUCUCAGAUCCUCAUCCAAAAUGGUGGGGAGAUCGACUGUGUGGAUAAGUAUGGCAAUACCCCUCUCCACGUUGCUGCUAAGUAUGGUCAUGAACUGCUGAUCAGCACUCUGAUGACCAACGGAGCAGACACGGCCAGACGUGGGAUCCAUGGAAUGUUUCCUUUGCACUUAGCUGUGCUGUACGGGUUUUCAGACUGUUGUCGCAAGUUACUCUCCUCAGGUCAGCUGUAUAGUAUAGUUUCAUCUAUGAGUAAAGAACAUGUACUAUCGGCUGGGUUUGACAUUAACACCCCGGACAACUUUGGAAGGACCUGUCUACACGCUGCUGCCUCUGGAGGAAAUGUUGAAUGUCUGAACUUGCUCUUAAGUAGCGGUACUGACUUGAAUAAGAGAGACAUAAUGGGAAGGACACCAUUGCACUAUGCUGCUGCUAAUGGGAGGUACCAGUGCACUGUAACCCUGGUGGGAGCUGGCGCUGAGGUCAACGAGCCUGACCAGACAGGCUGUACUCCCCUGCACUACUGUGCUGCCUCCCAAGCCUUCAGCAGAACUGAUCGUAGUUUUUCUGGGAACCAUCAGAGUAAUGAGGAUGAAACAAGGGAGUCGUAUUUCUGCUUGGAGCAUCUUUUGGACAAUGGUGCUGAUCCAUCAAUGGUCAACUCAAAAGGUUACAGCGCUGUUCACUAUGCAGCUUACCACGGCAACAAGCAGAACCUGGAGCUGCUCCUGGAGAUGUCCUUUAAUGCACUAGGAGACAUAGAGAGCAGUAUUCCUGUCAGUCCCCUGCAUCUUGCUGCUGACAGGGGCCACUGGCAAGCUCUGCGAGUGCUCACAGAAACGGCAGCCUACGUGGACAUGCAGGAUGCUGCUGGUCGUUCUGUGCUCUACUUGGCUGCACAGAAAGGCUAUGCGCGCUGCGUGGAGGUUCUGUUGGCUCAGGGAGCCUCCUGUCUUCUCAAUGACAACCAUCUCAUGUGGACUCCAAUUCAUGUUGCAGCUGCCAAUGGUCACUCAGACUGCUUGAGGAUGAUGAUUGAUUAUGGCGAGGAGGGGGAUCUAACGAACGUGACGGACAAAUUUGGCCAGACUCCUUUAAUGUUGGCUGUUGUGGGAGGUCAUACUGACUGUGUCCACUACUUGUUGGAGAAGGGUGCCCUGCCAGACGCUAAGGACAAGAGGGGCUGCACAGCUUUGCACAGAGGGGCUGUUUUAGGACACGAUGACUGUGUAAUGACCCUGCUGGAGUACAGAGCUUCUGCAUUAUGUCGGGACGCCCAGGGUAGGACACCACUGCACUAUGCUGCCUCCAGAGGAUACGCAGAGAUACUGGCCAAUCUGGUGCAGGCUGCUGUGGCAACUGACUCGCAAGAUAAAUUGCUGGACAACAAACAAUACACCCCGUUACACUGGGCUGCUUACAAAGGGCAUGAAGACUGUUUGGAGGUUUUACUUGAAUUAAAAACAAUUUUACAUGAAGAGGGAAACCCUUUCACUCCCCUGCACUGUGCUUUGAUGAAUGGCCACAGCGGUCCUGCAGAGAGGCUGCUGGAAUCUGCUGGUGUUCACAUGAUUAACACCAGAGAUGCCCGAGGAAGGACCCCACUGCAUGCUGCUGCAUUCGCUGAGGAUGUCUUAGGACUUCAGCUGGUUCUUCGCCAUGGGGCAGAGAUCAAUGCAGUGGAUAAAAGUGGACUUUCUGCUCUGAUGGUAGCUGCUGACAAGGGACACAGUGGCACUGUGGCCAUUCUCCUUCACCGGGCCAAGGCUGACCUGACACUUUUGGAUGAGAACAGGAACACUGCCCUGCACCUGGCCUGCAGCAAGGCCCAUGAGAUGUGUGCUCUGCUGAUCCUGGGAGAGAUCCACUGUCCCACGCUCAUAAAUGCCACUAACAGUGCUCUGCAAAUGCCUCUCCAUCUUGCAGCUCGAAACGGCCUGGCUACGGUGGUGCAGGCACUGCUGAGCAGAGGAGCCACAGUCCUGGCUGUGGACGAGGAAGGCCACACCCCAGCUCUGGCCUGUGCUCCCAACAAGGAUGUGGCUGACUGCCUGGCUCUGAUCCUAUCCACCAUGAAGCCUUUCCCUCAGCGGGACCCUUCCUCCUGCUCCUCCUCCUCCCCCACAGUGUCCUCCACUGCGGGUCUGAACCUGCUGAAGCACUGCGGUAUCACCGCCGCCUGCUCCCCUCUGCCCAGCAAUGGCCUCCACAAUGGCUACGUCAAAGACCGCCACGGUGCACCGGUUGGCCUGGAUGGGUGUCUGUCUGAGUGAGGCGCCGUGCCCCACUCUCAGCCAGCUGCUAUCAACAUCACCACCACCAGGGGGCAACUACCUUAAACAUGGUCAAGAGGACCAGAAGAGCACCCACCCACAUGUUUGUUUUUCUCUGUGUGUACGUGUUUGUGUGUCUGUGUGUGCGUGAGUGUUUGGUCUUCUCUUGAGGUGCAGUCAAACCUAUUAUGCAAUUAGAUUCCAUUCCUCCGUCUCCUAGUAGUGC